AUGUGUUGGAAAAACUUAACUAUUGCUCAACGUUCAGGUUUAAAUCAAAUUCCAAAUCGUCGUUUUACAUUGUGGCGGGGUCUAACAAUAAAUCGUGCUAAUGUUUAUGUUGGCUUUCAAGUUCAACUUGAUUUAACAGGAAUAUUUAUGCAUGGAAAAAUUCCAACGUUAAAAAUAUCAUUAAUUCAAAUAUUUCGUGCACAUUUAUGGCAAAAAAUUCACGAAAGUGUUGUUAUGGAUCUUUGUCAAGUAUUUGAUCAACAAUUAAAUGCAUUAGAUAUUGAAACUGUAAAAAAAGAAACGAUUCAUCCAAGAAAAUCAUAUAAAAUGAAUUCAUCAUGUGCAGAUGUUCUUCUAUUUGGUGCAUGUAAAUGGAAUAUAAGUCAACCAUCCUUAUUAGUUGAUUCAAAAGAUGUUAUGGAUAAUACAACAUCUCAAAAAUAUUGGCUUGAUAUUCAAUUACGUUGGCGUGAUUAUGAUUCACAUGAUAUUGAACGUUAUAGUCGUGCAAAAUUUUUUGAUUAUACAACAGAUAAUAUGUCGAUUUAUCCAUCACCAACUAGUGUUAUAAUUGCUAUUGAUUUAGCUUAUAAUUGGUACAAUGCAUUUGGAAAUUGGUUUCCUGGUUGUAAAACACUAAUACAACAAGCUAUGGCUAAAAUAAUGAAAGUAAAUCCAGCUUUAUAUGUUGUACGUGAACGUAUACGUAAAAGUUUACAAUUAUAUUCAUCUGAACCAACAGAACCAUAUUUAUCAUCACAAAAUUAUGAUUUUCCAAAUAUAGUUAUCAAAGGUAGUGAAUUACAAUUACCAUUUCAAGCAUGUCUUAAAGUUGAAAAAUUUGGUGAUUUAAUUCUAAAAGCUAAUGAACCACAAAUGGUUAUGUUUAAUUUAUAUGACGAUUGCAUUACAUGUUAA